AUGUCUAAGAAAUCUAAUUUGGGUAAGGCUCUACAGAGACAACAAUAAAGGAAAAUGAAUGAAGGAGCAGCAAAAGUUCAGAAUCAAGGAUAGUUCUUUCAUGAUGGGAAGGUUGUGAAGGAGGAGUAUCAAAUAUAAUAAGAGAACUUGUAAUCGAUAAUUGAUUAGAAUCCAUUGAAUGAAUAUUUGUAGAUGGCAGAGAUGGCAAAUAUCAAAUAUUAAGCAGAGAAGAAAUCAGAUGUGGUGGUAAAUGAGUAGCAGAAAUAAUUAGUGAUAAAUGUAAAUGCAAUAAGAAAGGGACAAUUACCAAAUUCAUCGGUGUAUGAUUAUUAGAAGAACCAAUUGUUGGUUGACUUACAAAUACCAAGAAGACCUAGAUGGGAUGAGAAGACUACAGUUGAGUAAUUGAGGUUGAUGGAGAACGAGAAUUUUUUAAAGUGGAGAAAGGAAUUGGCAAAGUUCGAAGAGGAACAUUAUUAGAUCUAAUUGACUCCUUAUGAGAAGAAUAUUGAAGUUUGGAAGUAAUUGUGGAGAGUGGUAGAGAAAGCAGAUAUUUUGGUUUAAGUGGUGGAUGGAAGAGACAUCCUAUUCUAUCAUUGCAACGAUCUGACUAAAUACGUGCAUGAGGAAUAAAAUAGAGUUUACAGAAAGAAUCAAACAAAGAUCAAUUUUCUAUUGAUAAACAAAAGCGAUUUGAUUACUGAUAAAAUAAGAGAGGAAUGGUCUGCCUUUUUGAAUUCAAAGAAUUUGAAUCACAUGUUCUUUAGUGCCAAAUUGGAAUAAGAGAAAAUUGAUAAGGAAGAAUAAGUGUAAGAUGCAACUAAUAUCCUAAUUUAAUAAGAGGAACCUAAAAUCGAAGAAAACUUAGAAGCAUUCAUUAAUACACCAAGAAUAGCAGACAGAAGGAUAUUGUUAUCAGAGUUGAAAUCAUUGGUGUAAAAGAUUAGGAAGUAAAGAUAAGAGAAUGUGGAACCAACUAAAGUCAUUGAAUAGGAUGAUCAUGAUAUAUAACAUGAUGAGAAUACAGUCAUUAUUGGAAUGGUUGGAUAUCCCAAUGUGGGUAAGAGUUCAGUUAUUAAUGCAAUAUGUAAUAAGAAAUUAGUUGGAGUUGCAGCAAGACCUGGAAAAACAAAGCAUUUUUAGACAAUUCCAUUGGAAAAAUAUCUAUUACUAUGUGAUUGUCCAGGUUUGAUCUUCCCCAAUGCUUCAUCCUCUAGAGCUGAAAUGGUCUGUAAUGGUGUGUUACCAAUUGACAACAUCAAAGAUUAUUUAAGUCCAAUGGAUUUGUUGGCUGAAAGAAUUCCUAAAAUCGUUUUUGAGAAACUGUAUGGAAUCAACCUACAAGAAUUCAAACUUAUCGAUGCUUCUACUGUGCUCUCUACUUAUAGUUAGAAAAGAGGAUUCAUGACAGGCAGAGGAUUGCCAGAUGAAGCCAAAGCAGCCAAAUUAAUGUUAAAAGACUUCAUUAAUGGUAAAUUACUAUUUGUGAAAUUGCCUCCAAGUUAUCAAGGUGACGCAUUGUGGUAAUCCAAUCCCUUAGAGGAUUUAGAGAACCUAAUUCAAUAACAAUAAUAACAGCAAAAUCAGUUAAAUGACGAUGCCAAUAUUGAUAAUCAAUUCGAAAAUCAGUUGAUUCAAGAGAAGAAAAUCACGAAUGAAGAGAUACUCGAGAUAUUCACUCAAGAGAAUUUAGCUCAAUUGAUGGAAGGGAAGAAGGUCCAUGGCAUCAAAUUAACAAAGGAACAGAGGAGAGAGAUAAAGCACAAUUUCUAAAGAGGUGAUCCUAUUGACAUAAAAAAAUAUCUUAAUUUACAAUAAAAUUAAAAGGAAACUUUAUAUAAAACAUACAUUCAAGGCAAAAGAGGACAAAUAUGA